AUGCUAUCGUUCUCAAGAUGGGCGUCGAUCUUGGUCACGACUCCCUUGACUCUAUCAAGAGUACCUAUCAAGUUGAACUUGCGUAGUUCUUUCUCGAGCUUCCAGACCUUGAUCUCGCCAUUCCACGAUCCCGACAGUAUCAAAUCGCUGUACGGAAUAGCACAGAUGGCUGUGAUCCAAUAUGGUUGCGGCUUUGGAACUUGCAGUUUGGCUUCAUCUGGAUUCGUUUCCGCGCUCGCCCGCCAAACUUCCUUCUCAGGCUCUAACCCGUGUGCUUGUCUUUGGAUGAAUGUAGGCUUCUUCUUGGCCAAAGACCAUAAACAAAUGUUACCGUUGUCCGAGCCGGUAACAAAAUGGGAGUCAUCAAUCAUAGAGACACAGUCGAUGCUGCCCUCUGCUUCUGUCUCUGGAUCCAACAGUGACACAUCUUUCCUGGGCCAAAGCAGCAAUAUCCACAACCAAAUCCUGAUGUCCAUACAGGGUUUCCAAUUGUGCCAGCUGAUUCACGCUGUACGUUCUAAUUUUCAGAUCGGCACAGGCUGCGUACAAUUGGUCGCUAUUUCGACGGAAAGCAAGACCCAGAACUUCGCCUCGACGAUCUCUGAUCUCCAUCACUCUCACAGGAGCAAGGUUCUCGCUGCUCCAUAUUAUUAUACGCUUGUCUCGUGCUCCCGUCACAACAUAUCUACCAUCAGGACUAACGGCGACGGCCAGAAUCUCGCCGCAAUGGCCAUUGUUCAUCUGUUCCUUGGAAAUCUCUGUGUAUUUGCGCCCUCCUUUGGCAAACUUCAUUUUCUGUGGUUUCUUUGUCUUGUCACUAAUGUCCCAUUUCACCAAUUCCAUGUCUUUGGAGACGGUGUAUGCAUAUGGGUACCGCACAGCUACUCCGGUCAGCCCCUUGCUGGCGACCCGACUAACGGCGAUCUCCACAUCGUCUAG